CUAUAUUCAAGAUAUACUGCUGGUUUUGAAGAUGCUAUGAAAAAACUCACUGUAACUAUGGCGAAAGAAAAGAAGCUUGAUGUAGUUGUAAAAGAAUUUGAAAGAAAUCUUGGGACCGGUUUAGGCGUUGCUCAUUACAUGUUAGAGCCAAUUCAAAGAAUACCAAGAUACAAGCUGCUACUGGAAGCUUAUUUAAAGAAUUUACCAGAUGAUUCAGAAGAACGUUCAUCAGCAACAAAGGCUCUUGAGAUUAUUGGUGAAGCUGCAGAUAGAACUAAUAACAUGAUUAAGGAAUUGGAAAACUCAAACGAAAUCCUCGCAAUAGAAAGAACCAUCACAGGUUAUAAAGGGACACUUUUAUUGGCUCACAGAAGAUUCAUUAAAAAAGGGAUGCUCCAGAAGUCAUCGAGAAAGACUCAAACUCCACGGAUGUUUUUUUUGUUCUCAGACAUAUUGUUGCAUACUGAACCAACCGGCCCGUCAACAUACAAAUUCAAGAAUGAGAUGAAACUCUGUUCCGUAAGAGUAGAAGUACCCAAAGUCUCUCUUGUCCCUUUCUCCUUUGAGCUACUCGGUACCAAUAGAGCUUUCAUUCUCUCUGCAAGGUCAGAAGAGGAAAUGGUCGAAUGGAUGACCACCCUGGCAGGGGCUAUUAGGAAUGAAGAGGAAAAGAUGAAAUCCUUGAAAAGAGGAGAACAAUUGUCAACACUGGACAGGUCAGGUUUUGGUAGCUUUGCCCCCAUACUGGUACCUGAUCAAAGUGUGAGCAUGUGUCAGAUAUGCUCCGAAGAGUUCACAUUUAUAUUUAGAAGACACCAUUGCCGGGCUUGCGGCAGAGUUGUGUGUGGUAACUGCUCUCCAUUCAAAGCUUACCUUGCUUACAUGAACAAAGAAGAGCGAAUCUGCUCUGUUUGCAACCAUCAUCAAAUAAGGCAGCACUCUUCUCAAGGAAGAGGAGAUGAGAUUGAUGGUGAUGUCCAAUCACCUGCUGAGUUAUCCCGUCCUAUUAUCCCAUCAGUCUUAAUACUUGAUCACGAGAAAGAGGCAAUUACUCGUGGAUAUGUUCUGGAACAAGAUGGAAAGAAGUGGAAUAGAUGCUGGUAUGUGGUAGGCAAAGACCUGGCACUGUACAAGUUUAAAGCUCAUGAGGAUAUUAAAGCAAAUGGAACAGUCCCACUGCCUGGCUACCGUGUGACUAGUGAUAAAGCUUCCAUGACAAUUAACCUUAUCCAUCAUCAAGCAAUGAAAGAACUUAACCUUUCAUUCAAAACAGAAAAUCUUGCCGAUUUUGAAACGUGGGUUGAAGUAGUUGAAAAGGCAGCACAGAUGGAGGUAUGUGAAGUACCAGUCAAUCAAGACAAUCGUAUGUCAGUCUCUUAUGGAAGCAAGAACAGGGUCUGCUCUAAAAGUGUUCAAGAUAUUGUUGACUCUGAAGAACCCGUACCAGCUCCACUGACACCCCAAAGCACCAGAGUGAAUAAAACACCUUUGUUUUAACUAUUUUGUUAUUUUUAGCAAUAGUGAUUUGUAUAUUUAUGUUGUUUGUGUGUGUGCUUUUGUGUGAGUCAUGUUAUCUCUCUCUCUCUCUCUCUCUUUCUCUGUGGAUUAUUUUUAUUAUCAUACUGUGCAAGUUUUGUAGUGUUGAAACAUUUAUAGAAGCUUUUUCAUUAUUAUUAAUUAUGAUAUUAUACAUACAUAU